AUGUAUGUUUAUGAACUGAGUUUGUAUGCAUCUCUUGACUAUAGAUUCCCCGGAGCGCAGCCUGUAAGCUUUGCCAAACAUCAUCUGGAAGAGCUUCAACAUGAAAACUAUUUCGUGUCGGAGAAGGCGGAUGGAAUACGAUGCUUCAUGUAUGCUACAAGGAGCACUACUGCAAAUAAAGUCUGGACGUUUCUGAUUGAUCGCAAAAACAACUAUUACCUGCAACCAAAUCUAUGGUUGCCAUCUGCUGAAAACAUUGGCAAUCCACAAAUUGAGACAUUGUUGGAUGGGGAACUGGUUUUGGAUCAGUAUCCUGAUGGAAGAAAAUCAACCAUUUUUUAUUUAUUCGAUUGCCUCGUAUGCAAUGGCAAGAAUCUAUGUGAACGAAGCUAUGAGAAAAGACUUGGGCAUUUGAGAGAACUUGUGUUGAAGCCAUACAAGAAACGAGUGAAGAGUCAUCCCGAGUAUGCCAGUCUACAUGCCUUUCGAAUUGAAGAGAAGCCCCUCCAACUAGCAUACCAUGUCCGAAAAGUAUUCGAAGACAUGCCUACACUGCUACACCUGAACGACGGUGUCAUUUUCACAUCAGCUACAGCACCGUAUGAAGCUGGAACAUGUGAAAAGAUGAUUAAAUGGAAACCAGUAGAUGAAAACACGGUUGAUUUCCGAAUACGGAUUGACGAUACAAAUGCUGGUGAUUGGAAAGUCUAUUUGGAUAUAUUUAGUGGAGUGUAUGGAGAGCCUACGUAUCAGAGGAUUGGAGAAUUAACGCUGGAUGAUGCGUUACGUGAUGAAUGGAAGGCUCAUCCACCACAAUCAGGACGAAUAGCAGAAUGUCGAUACGAUUCAUCCGCCACGACACAUUGGAAGUUUAGUCGCUGGCGUGAUGACAAGGAUGAAGCAAACCACAUCUCUGUCUAUGCAAAAAUCAUGCAGAGUAUAGCAGAUGCUGUCGCUAAAGAAGAAUUGAUAGCUACAUCUACAGACAUUCAAAGAGCUUGGUAUGCUCGUGAUGGUAAACCAUUACCACCUUCAAGUGAUGUUUCGUCACUAAAGCGAUCUUCUACUGCUGGUGGUGAAGAUCAUGAACCGAGUAAUAAUGAUGCGAGUAGCAGUGUAGGAGGAGACGCGAAUGGGAAUAAGCGGGCGCGUGGAAGCUGA